AUGGCAUCCUUCCAGAUCCUCUCGGAUUUGCACCUGGAGAACCCCACGGGGUACAACCUCUUUGACGUGGUGGCGCAGGCGCCCUACCUGGCACUACUGGGGGACAUUGGCAACAUCCGGGACGAUGGCUUUUUCGCCUUCCUAGAGGCCCAGCUGCCCAAAUUCCAGAUCGUCUUCUUGCUUCUCGGGAACCACGAGCCCUACUACUCCAGCUGGCCGGCGGUCCGGGAGAAGCUACAGAGGUUCUCGGAUUCCGUUCACCAUCGCCGCGCGCAGGCCUCCUCCGAAUCGUCUAAACUCGGCCAGUUCGUCUUCCUCGACCGCACCCGUUAUGAUGUUUCCCAGGAGCUCACCGUCCUCGGCUGCACGCUGUUCUCGCGCAUCUGUCCCACCCAGGAGGAGCAGGUCAGUUUCAGACUGAAUGAUUUCUACGAUAUCCAGGACUGGACGGUCGACGACCACUGCGCGGCCCACGAGGUCGAUCGCGCCUGGCUCAACGACCAGGUCUCCCGCAUCGCGCAGGAAGACCCUCACCGCAAGAUCGUGGUCUUCACCCAUCAGAGUCCGACGAUCGCCGCGAAAGCUAUCGACCCGCAACACGCCAACAGCCCCAUCACAUCUGCGUUUGCGACCGACCUCCGGGGAGAACCGUGUUGGGAGAAACCUCAAGUGCGACUGUGGGCAUUUGGGCACACCCACUUCAACUGUGAUUUUACUGAGAGUCGGACGGGGAAACGGGUGGUCACGAAUCAACGAGGGUAUUAUUUUGCGCAAUCUGCAGGGAUCAGUUUUACUACACCACUCCUCUUCAUCGCCAUGGCCUCCAUUACCCGUGCCCUGCGGCCUUUGUCCCGCACUGCGACCUCGACCUCUCUCCGCUCGGCUGCGAGACAGCCGAUGCCCUACCGACUUGCCCAGAGUCUUGACCGGAACAGCACCCAUGCCUUCUCGACCACUUCCCGCCGGCGGGAGGUUGACCUGUCCCACCUGACGCCGACUCCGAUCACUCUGCUCUCCGAGACCGAGUCCCUCAUGUCCGACUCCGUGUCCAAGUUCGCGUCCGAGCAGAUCGGCCCCAAGGUCCGGGAUAUGGAUGAAGCCGAGGCCAUGGACCCCGCCAUCGUCGAGCAGCUCUUCGAGCAGGGCCUGAUGAGUAUCGAGAUCCCCGAGGAGUUCGGCGGUGCCGGCAUGAACUUCACCUCGGCGAUCGUGGCGAUCGAGGAGCUGGCGCGGGUCGAUCCCAGCGUCAGCGUGAUGGUCGACGUGCACAACACGCUGGUCAACACGUCCAUCAUGAAGUACGGCGACGCGCAGGCGCACCGCACGUGGCUGCCCAAGCUGGCGACGGGCACCGUCGGCUCCUUCUGCCUGUCGGAGCCCGCGUCCGGCACCGACGCCUUCGCGCUGCAGACCAAGGCCGAGAAGACCGCCGACGGCUACAAGCUGAACGGAUCCAAGAUGUGGAUCACCAACUCCAUGGAGGCCGGCUUCUUCAUCGUCUUCGCCAACCUCGACCCCAGCAAGGGCUACAAGGGCAUCUCGGCCUUCAUCGUCGAGAAGGACACCCCGGGCUUCUCCAUCGCCAAGAAGGAGAAGAAGCUGGGUAUCCGCGCUAGCAGCACCUGCGUGCUCAACUUCGACGACGUCGUCAUCCCCAAGAGCAACCUGCUCGGCCAGGAGGGCCAGGGCUACAAGUACGCCAUCAGCAUCCUGAACGAGGGCCGCAUCGGUAUCGCCGCCCAGAUGACCGGUCUGGCGCUGGGCGCCUGGGAGAACGCCGCCCGCUACGUCUGGAACGACCGCCGCCAGUUCGGCACCCUCGUCGGUGAGUUCCAGGGCAUGCAGCACCAGAUCGCCCAGGGCUACACCGAGAUCGCCGCCGCCCGCGCCCUCGUCUACAACGCCGCCCGCAAGAAGGAGGCCGGCCAGGACUUCGUCGCCGACGCCGCCAUGGCCAAGCUCUACGCCUCCCAGGUUGCCGGCCGUGUCGCCGGCUCCGCCGUUGAGUGGAUGGGCGGCAUGGGCUUCGUCCGCGAGGGCAUCGCCGAGAAGAUGUUCCGUGACAGCAAGAUCGGCGCCAUCUACGAGGGUACCAGCAACAUCCAGCUGCAGACCAUUGCCAAGCUUCUUCAGAAGCAGUACACUCAGUAA